UUUCAGUUCAUAACAGACAGCAGCUGCAAGGAAAGGGGAAAACAACCUUCCUUCCACAGCCAUCAAACUGGUCUAAACCGAAAACGCCCCAUCACUGAUGGAGGAAGCCGAGAAAAUGGCAGCCUUGAAGAAGGCUUACGCGGAUAUAAUCCUCAAUACGGCCAAGGAGGCGGCCGCUCGGAUUAUGGUAUCUGAGCGUAAGGCCCUUCAGUUCCAGCAGGACCUCUUUGUCGCCAAGGAAGAGGCGCUUAAUAUGCUACUUCGUCUUAAGCAACUCAUGAAUUCUAAGAUUGCUGAAGCAGAAAAAACAUCCUUGAGUCAACGAAAAAGGAUUGAAGAGCUUGAGUUGCAGCUCCAUCAAGCAGAAGAUACAGUGAGGGAUCUUAGAGCUGAGAUGAAAAGAGUGCAAGAUGAAUUGCAGAAGGUGAAAAAUAACCAACUGCAGCCACUAAGUGAAGAAGUCAUUGAAAGGAAUGCUGUUUCUCAUGAAGAUUUAUCACAAAAGAAAAAAUUAAGUACUUCAGAUUCCAUUUUAUGCUCUCCUUUUGAACCAGGACUCCAAUCUGCAUCUACUAAUGACACGAGGAGUACAACUCUGGGUCAGAGGAGCACAGAUGAAAGGUGCUGUCUUGCAUUAGAAAAUGCAACAGCACAGGCUGAACCAUCUAUUGAUUCUCGUGUGGAGAAAUAUUAUGCUGGUAACCCUGAUUUAGCUUCCAUAAUAAUGAGAAGCAAAGAGCCUGAACUUUACAGAAAUGGAUGUACUCAGAGAAUUCGCGCAUUUGAAAGGAAUCUACUUGAUGGCAAAUUGCCUCUUCCCAGGCAAAGAGAUAAUCAGUUCUCAGAUAUGAAGAAUGAAUUAAUUGUCAGAGAAGAUGGAAAGGUUGAAGAAACCUGUGUUGUAGCUUCACCCAAGGCUGAAAAUAUCAUGGAUAAGAACCCAACUGAGUCAGAACUUAUACAGCAUGAUAGUAGCUUUGUUAAAGAUGACAUAAAGUUCUUUCAUAGAUUUAAGAGAAGAAGAAGAAAAGCUAGAUACAGGAAGGGUACCUCAUGCAAGUUUCUUUCUGAUAAGGCCACAGAAGCUAGUGAAGCAUCAUUGCUUUCUUGUCCUGAAACUCACCCCUGUCCUGCCAAUGCUAAUGUUGAAUCUGUUGAAGAUCCAUCAAAGGUGAUUGAAUGUGAGGACCAGAAGGAUUUGGGCUCCCAUAUGGCUCAUACUUCACCACCAAAUACAACUGACAUGGAUCCUCAAUCAGGAUGUGUUGAUGGAACUGAAAGCCAACAUGAGAAUAUUCAGAAUGCUACAAACAAGGAUACGGAAAUGGGUGAGACAGCAUCAACAAGCCAGGGUAGCAAAGCUGCAGGUGUUUCAGGAGAUCCAGCAUGCAAUUUAAACCUUGAGACCGCUGAUAUUCAGUUAACGAAUUCUGAUAGCAAAGAUGGUAAAACCUUUGAAACCACUGGUGGAGCUCCUACUCAAGUGAAAGAUGGGCUUCUGAAGUAUACAUUCCGGAGAAAGCGUAAAAAGGAAUCCUUGAUGAGCCAUGAUGAGAAUGCCUCCCUUGAAAAGAAAAACACUUCAAAGAGGAGGGCAAGAGACAAUCCAAGCAGUGCUCAAGAGCCGCAGAAGUCAAGCUUGAUUAUUGAGUCAUCCAGAGACAGUAGGCGACUGGUGCAAGUUGCUCGUCAGCUCAUUUCUUUGUCUGAGAAAAGGUGGUGGUAGUUGGAGUUGGCUGUUCCUUGCAUCCAUUGAUAAGGAGGUUGAGCCUUUGAGGAAACUGAAUCCCAUUGUGUUGAAGUUCUAAGUUAACUGCUUCAGAGAACACAAUGACUAUCAUUUAUCAAAAGAGAGCUUGGAUUCCGAGCAACAAUGUAUGUGCGUUACUUCCAAUAAGUUAUGAUAAUUCUAGCAUUCUUUUUCUUUUUUCUUUUCUUUUUUUCUUUUUUUAUGUUUCUAAUUUCGUUUCUCUUCAAUCAUAGCGUGUCAUUGUACAACUAAACUGUUUCUGAUAUCCUGAUGCCAUCUUUUAUUAGCUACAAGUUUACUUUUAACUGUAAUGUUUUAUUUGGAGGCCAUCUGUCCAUUUGUGUUUGA